AUGUCCAGAUUUGGCAAGGAAUACAAAACCAUAUCGAAUAUCACUCACAAUGAGAGACUUGAGCUCCUUCACGAUGCCGUGGUGGAAUUCCUGAGUUUCAUUCACUUGUUCUUUAUGUUUCCCGACCUAGAGGAGGGUGGUUUGGCCACCUAUCGUGCGGCUAUUGUUCAGAAUCAACAUCUGGCAGUGCUGUUGAGGAAACUCCAUCUGGAAGAGUACAUGCUUUAUGCUCACGGUUUGGAUUUGUGUCACGAGCUGGAACUGCGUCAUGCAAUGGCGAAUUGCUUUAAGGCCCUCAUGGGAGCUCUGCUGUUGGACGUUGGAAUUUCCGUAGCCGACAGAGUGUUCAUGAAUGUCCUGUUCAUAGGUGAUGAGUCGUUGAGAGAAAUCAUUAAGAACUUGUCCGAGCCCGCUCGGGGACCGACACUGCAUACAUUCAUAUCCAGUUCCGCAGGAACUGACCAAUUUUGA